UGGGCGGGGCCUGCGGUGCUCCGCAGCCGUUUGUGACAACCGGAGUCGGCGGGCCGCUUUGGCCCCCAGAGACCCUGCCAUGGUACGCGCGGGCGCCGUGGGGACGCACCUCCCCGCGUCUGGCUUGGACAUCUUUGGGGACCUGAGGAAGAUGAACAAGCGUCAGCUCUACUACCAGGUUUUAAACUUUGCCAUGAUUGUGUCUUCUGCACUCAUGAUAUGGAAAGGCUUGAUCGUCCUCACGGGCAGUGAGAGCCCCAUCGUGGUGGUGCUGAGUGGCAGCAUGGAGCCGGCCUUUCACCGGGGAGACCUUCUGUUCCUCACAAAUUUCCGGGAAGACCCCAUUAGAGCUGGUGAAAUAGUCGUUUUUAAAGUUGAAGGACGAGACAUUCCAAUAGUUCACAGAGUAAUCAAAGUUCAUGAAAAAGAUAAUGGAGACAUCAAAUUUUUGACUAAAGGAGAUAAUAAUGAAGUUGAUGAUAGAGGCUUAUACAAAGAAGGUCAGAACUGGCUGGAAAAGAAGGACGUGGUGGGAAGAGCACGAGGGUUUUUACCAUAUGUUGGUAUGGUCACCAUAAUAAUGAAUGACUAUCCAAAAUUUAAGUACGCUCUUUUGGCUGUAAUGGGCGCAUACGUGUUACUAAAACGUGAAUCCUAAUGUGUGCAGCAGUUCCUGGGACCAGAUUGAAAUGAAUUCUGUCGAAAAACUAAUAUAUUUGAAAUGUUCCACUUUCUGUAUAAAAGGAAACCCUGUGGAGACGUUUUUGUCUUGUCCAAAUAAAUGAUUCAUCAGUGAA